ACUUGUUCAUUUUCCUACUUGUCUUUGUCUGUGAAAGCACUAAAUUUACGCUGUUUUUAGAAGGUGCUAUAUCAAUAUAGUUUGUGUUACUAUUAUUAAUUGUUGCUUGUGUUUUUUAGGACUGAAACUCAUCAUGGAUCUCGACAGCAUCGAAGGACUAAAUGAAAUCCGUCCGUCCGUCUACAGAGUCGCCAUGAAGCUUCUGUCUCUACAGAGACUCUGUCACAUGGAUGUGGUGUCCGUUCGUCACGUCACGGCGGCUCUCCGCUCACAGCAGGAAGUGGAGCUAAACAGACAGGAAGUGACUCGGACUUUGAAUAGGAUGUUCCACAGCGUGUCACAGGAAGUGCCAGGUCAUGUGACUGUGGAGGCUCCAGAGGAAACCUGCAGUCUGAUGUUCAGGCUCAACGACCGGAGCCAGUCUGGUUUUAUUUCAGCUGCUUCUCUUCAAAUUUCUCUCAUCGCUCUGUCAGCUGAAAGUCUCCUGCUCAAAUACACAGCUUUGUUGCAGCUUGCAGAAGACAGCUCAGGAUCAGUCAGCAGGUCUGGACUCAGAUCUUUGCUGCAGGACCUCAGCCAGGUUCCUGCAGCGGUGCAGGAGGAAGGCCUCUUCGGGUGCGUGGAGGCUGCGGUGAAGUCGUGUUUUUCCGGGGUGUUGACCCCAACAGCUAGCAAAGAACACGUGUUGUCGUGGCUGCAGAGCGAGCCACGCCUGUUGCUAUGGUUACCCACACUAUAUCGCCUGUCAGUCGGUCAGAACGUCCGUCACGCCGUCCGCUGCCACACCUGCAAGGCCCGCCCCAUCACCGGACUCAGGUAUCGCUGUAUGAAAUGUGUGAACGUCCACCUGUGCCAGAGCUGUUUCCUGACGGACAGACACACGAGGAAACACACAACGCAACAUCCAGUGCUCGAGUUCUGCACAAAGCCCACCUGGAAGGAGUCUUUGUCCUCGUUAGUUCACAGUGCUCGUUAUACCCUGUUGCCACGGCGAUACACUCAGAGAGAAGCUGUCAGGAGGCAGGUGCUGAUGUGGGUUGAGCCAGGGGAGACUCAGGACAGUGCUCCGCCCCCCUCUGAUGCCCCGACACAAUGGGCUGCCUUAGCUAUCAGUCACAGCCCCUCCUCUGACAGAAACGUUUCCCAGGAUGCAUCAGUGCAACCUUCCUGCUCGUUUUCGUCCAAAGCUUUGCAGACAGAAGAUGACACGCUGACUCAGCAGCUGAAGGGAUCCGUUCUUCUGAGUGAGGUCAGAAACCUGCAGAGAGACAAAUGGCUGAUGGAGCAGCAGCUGCAGGUGUGGAGACUCACCGUCCAAUCAGAGCAGGGCAUCCUGGAGGACAGGUGCUCUGAAAUGGAAGUUACCAUGGAAACUCUGAGAGAACACAACCUCCGUCUACAGCGCACACUCACACAGGCUCUGAACAACAUGGAGGCUCAACAACCUGUCCACAACAUGCCACCAAAUGUUGACACAGAGAACUCAGGGGAGUUGAAGAACUGUGAGAACACGGAGGACUUGAAGAACUCGGAGAACACAGGGAGAGAAGACCUGACAGCAAGCUCUGACAGCGAGAGAAACACAGAAGAGGACGACAUGUUGCUGAAGACAGAGGACGAGUGGAGCGAGGAAGAACUACAACUUCCAUCUCCCACAAUGCAUCAGGACUCACCUGUGUCACAUGAUAUCCAGGAAGAGGAGGAGGAGGAGGGGGAGGAGUGUGCAGGCGACUGGUUUCACUGUCGUCCAAUAAAACAGGAUGGACCUGUGGAAGUAGAGCAACAGAAAGAGGACACCUGUAUGUCUGAAGAGGAGGAUUGUGGGACGUGUAGUCCAGAGCAGCUGCUUAAGGAGACUGUAGAGAGACUGAAGACUGGGGUGGAGACAGACAGGUGGAGAGAGAGACACACAUGUGAGAGGAAGAGGGUGGAGCUUCUGCAGGCUGCAGCCCAGGUGGGAGACUCGAUACACCAGCUGGUGGACGCCAUGAAAACAAACACAUACUGAAGACUGUAUUCAGAU